GCGCGAGGCGCGGCCGCUUGGUUCAAGUUUGCACCCCGCUCCCCGCGACCUUCCCGGGAGAUGGUGCGCGCGCCCACACACGCGCGCGCGCACGUAGGCUCACGCGCGCCCAUGCCACCCCCACUCUUCCUCCUCCACCUCGCCGAUUGCUCGCGCCCGAGGGAGAGGGCCCAGCGCGAGAGGCGUCUGAUGGCGACCUAGAGCCCGCCGGCCCGCGGGGGGAGGGUGUGUGUGGGGACCUACCGCCUUCCCCCCUCCCACUACACACACACCCACCUCUACAACUCUUUACACUUGUCCCAGGCCGACGGAGAGAGCGAGCAGGAACCUCCACUGUUUCAAAAUAUUGAGAAAACUGAGCUGACGAAAAACUGAGCUGUUUCCAUAUUGUGAUUAUUUUAGUUGGAAGCAUUACCAGAAUUUAAUCUGCACUAGACUUUUGUACUUCAAAUCCAGAAUACUGAUCAUCUUACAGUCAUGACAUAAUUGACUCUGGCAUACUAAACCUCACAAGGUUUGACAAAAUAAAGGAAGAUGGUCAGCAAUCAAGUUGUAUUGGAGUCAAGGGCAGCUCCGAAAAACUUGUUGGAUGAAAUGCACAAACUGCGGAUUUUAUGCUACUUCUGUGAUGUAACUGUGCAGAUCGAGCACCAAGGCAACAAAGAGGAAUUUGUUGCUCACAAAGCUGUGUUGGCAGCUGCCAGCAGUUACUUUAAGGAACUGUUCCUUAAUGAAAUGGUGAACACUAAGAUUACUAUUGUUACUUUGCAAGACAUUUACACGGCAGACUUUGCCUCUUUUUUGGAUUUUGUAUAUACUGCAAAAGUCGAGGUUGAAGCCGAGAGGGUACAAAGAUUACAGGAGAUUGCAGAGAAAUUGAAGUGCAGGGAACUAGCAGAAGUCUGCAGUCAAGUAAAAUCACAGAUACUUGAGUCAGCUCUAAUGGACUUGGGCAAUUUGGCUGAUUCCCAGGGAACAGAAGGAAUUAUAGACAAUAAACAGGACAGUCAUUGUGUUUCCCUUUCUUCUCAAAACACAUCAAUUCCUUCAACACCAGACAUUCGCCAAGUGUCCUCUGCCCAAGAUAUUUCUGAUGAAGAGAAAUCUCAUGAUCAAGAUUAUAAGCCAUUGCUAGUAACCACUAGAGCCAAAGGCUGGGAAAAGUCAGAAAAAGAGAAGAAAAUGGGGAAAUCUUUUGGUGUAAAGGCCAAACGAGCCAGUGGAAGGCUGGCAGGCCGAAAAGUCUUUUUGGAAAUUCCCAAAAAGAAAUAUACUCGCAAGCUUCGCGAGCAAGAGAAGGUUGAUCAAAAUUUGGAAGAGGCAUCUGAAAAAUUGACCUGUGUAGAAGAUAAUCAAGUCAUUGAAGACCAAGUGAAAAAGGAAACGAUGGCAGAAAUUGUUGAAGAUCCAGAUGAAGAUGAUGGGAUGAUGGAAGGGGACGAUGAUGAAGAUGAAGAGGCAGAGAGUGAUAGUGAUUUUGAAUUAGAUGAAGAUACCAAAAAGACACCUGAUGAGAUUGAGAAAAAGAGAAGAGGUGGAAACUUUAAAUGUGACAAAUGUGAGAAAGACUUUCAAUAUGAGAAGAGCUACUUGAAACACAUAGAGCAGAAUCAUGGUGUGACACCUGAAAUAAUUUAUCGCUGUGACACUUGCAAUCAGACUUUUGCUAAUCGCUGUAACUUAAAAAGCCACCAAAGGCAUGUCCAUGUUGAAGAGCGUCGCUUUCCAUGCUCGCUUUGUGGUAAAAAGUUUAAAAGGAAAAAAGAUGUGAAGCGGCAUAACCUUCAGGUUCAUGAGGGUGGUGGAGAGCGUCACUUGUGUUUGCAGUGUGGUAAAGGACUGAGUUCCAAAACUGCUUUGAGACUCCAUGAAAGGACGCACACCGGAGAUAAGCCUUAUGAGUGCACAGAAUGUCAUGCUAAAUUUUCUCAGCCUUCUGCACUGAAGGUGCACUUGAGGGUCCAUACUGGUGAAAAGCCAUUUGCCUGUGAUGAAUGUGGUGCCAGGUUCACACAGAAUCAUAUGUUGAUAUAUCAUAAGAGAUCUCACACAGGUGAAAGACCAUUUAUGUGUGAAACAUGUGGCAAGAGUUUUGCUUCAAAGGAGUAUCUGAAACAUCACAAUAGAAUCCACACUGGAUCAAAACCAUUUGUUUGUGAGAUCUGCUACCGAGCUUUCGCACAGAGAAAUUCUCUUCAUCAACACCUUAGAGUUCAUACAGGUGAGAGGCCUUACUGCUGUGACCAGUGUGGAAAGCAGUUUACACAGCUGAAUGCUCUACAGCGCCACUAUCGCAUACAUUCAGGAGAGAAACCUUUUAUGUGCAGUGCAUGUGGGAGGACCUUUACUGAUAAAUCUACACUCAGAAGACAUGCUUCAGUUCAUAACAAGAAUGCACCAUGGCAAUCCUUCCUUGUCAUUUUGGAUGAGGGCUCUAAAAAGAGCCAUAUUCAAAGAACAGAUCUCCACCCAUUUGUUGAUUGUGAGCAAGUUGCCCCCUCAGAAGCACAAGAAUCAGUGUCUUGUACAGAAAUACUCAAUGACCAAAAUACAGUCACGCUCCAUGGAAACAUCUCUUCACAUGAACAAAACACAUCUGGUACUUCAGAUUGGAGGUCAGCUGCUUUGCCUUCCAUCACUAUGGUAACUCAAGCAGCCUCCAUGGCAGCAACUUUUAAUGAGCUUGCAGUACUCCAUGCACCAACCGAUUCAGUGCAACCUCACUUGCAUAUCUUGGCAAAUGUUGAACAGUUAGGUGCUGGAAGUACACAAGCUCUAGUGCUUGACAAUAACACAUUGGAAAAAAAUGGGACCCCUAGCACAAGCAUUGUGACCACGAUUUCUGUGCCUGCAUGUCUAGCCAUGACUAGUCACAUCAGUAACAUGUUAACACAUGGAGCUGGGGUUGGUCAAAUGCAGAGUGGAACACCUGUCACCAUAUCAACAGGUUCUUCACAGCUAACUGUUAUGCAGACUGAUAAUCUAUCGACAUUGCAGAGUACAGUAAAUGGAGUGACCAAUAUACAGAAUAUUCAAAUUUAAGCUAAUAUUAACCAGCUGUGUUGUUUCCAUCAGCCCAUAGACUUGUUGAUUAAUUUUAAAUGAUCAGAUCUAAAUCUUGCAAGUGAAAAAGGAAUAAAUCACAUUUUGUCAAUCUUUGGUUAUCUGUAAAAUAUUUGCUGUUUUUAUUCACUGGUUGUAGCCGUAUAAUCUGGAGCAUCAGGAGUCUGGUUUAUUUCCUCAACUCCUUUUGAAGCUCUCAAAGCUGCAAUUUAUAUUUUGUUGUUCCACUUCUUCCUGAUACCUUUUCUGCUGGGAUUUCUGGGAAAUGUUUUUUUAAAGAUGGGUUGGUUUUAGUAACCUAUUAAGGUUUGAUAAUUGGAUGUUGAGCAUCAAAAUAUCUUUUAACCUAAUGAUUUGAUAGAUCCUCUGGAGCAAAUCAUGUGAUGCUGAGUGUUUAAAUUGUCCUGUUGCACAAUAUUUCUUUUCCAAAUCAGCCAUUAAUUUUGGCAUACUAUAUUAAACAAUUCUUAGAUAACAUAAACUGCAUCUUUAAGUUUUCAGAGAAAGAAUCUGUUGGCUGACAGUGGGCAAGUGUGCUUUCUAUUUUAUUUGAUCACCCAUCAUGUUUCAGAUUCAUUGCCUUAUGAUGUGGGUAGCAGUAUUUACAUCCCAGAUUUCCCCCAUAGAAAUGUACGUGCCUUUUUAAUACUACGUAGGUGGAUGAGUAGUUUGAGGGAAGCCUUGCUGUUUGACUUCAUGUUUUUAUUGAUAAUGUCAUAAUACACAUUUAAAAGACUCCUUUUAAGAUCAAAAGUUUCCACCAAAAUCUUGAAGCUGUUGUGAAUCCUAAAUCAGAAUGAUAACUAAAUCUUCAAAAUGUAUAAAGUGAUCAUUUAAAGUGUAUUAGGCACGUGGAGAAAAUUUGUAGUAGGAGAAAUUUUCUUCACUAUAUCACUAACUAUAAUAUGAGAGGUUUGUGAUCAUCUUGUGAACUUGUAUUGAACUUCAGUAUAAAUUGGUUUUGCAAAUCUCACAAAUGCAAUUGUAGAAAUUGUCAGGUCAAAAAUGACAUGCAGUUCUUUUUUUAAAACAAAUUGGGUAA